AUGGAAGCAGUUCAGAAGACCAUUGAAGAUCUUGCGGUCGUCCUUAAAAACGGCAUGGCGGAAUUCCGUAAGGAUCUGCAGGAUGCUACUGCUCUUUCCACCACAGCCAACCCAACUUCACGACUAGUUGUGGAGUUUGAAAGUUUUCGUAGCUUUAUGUUGUGUUCCCUUCAGAAUCUACAGUCUCAGGUCGAGCUAUUGUCUAAGUGUCAUGACCAAGAAGAGAUGCGCAGCCGCAGGAAGAUGUUGUUGGUUCACGGGGUUGCUGAGGAUAACAAGGAAGAUACCUCUGCUGUAUUCGCAAAAGUGAUCACCGAACAUCUUAGUGUCACUGUUGAGGAUCUUCAAAUAAGUCGUUGCCAUCGUUUGGGUCAGGCUAAGAAAGAUACUCCUAGGCCUAUAUUGGUGAAACUCCGGGAUGUUCACUUGAGAGAUAGCAUAUGGUACAGUAAAACUCAACUGAAGGGUACAGGUAUAACUAUAUCAGAAUUCCUUAAUAAAGUCAGGCAUGACACCUUUAUGGAGGCAAGAAAGUUAUUUGGUAUCUCUAAGUGCUGGACAAGGAAUGGCACCAUUCACAUUAUUGCUCCUGAUGGCACCCGGUACCAAGUGAAUUCUAUGGCUGAGUUGAAAGCUAUUCCUCUUCCCUCUUCUGCAGCAACUGUUAAACAACCUAGUAAUAUGACUGUCUCUAGGGACAACAAACGUCCCAAAAGGUUAAUCAAAAGGCCAAUAGUUUAA